AUGACUGCCCUGGCCACCUGGCGCCUGCAGCGGCGCCUUCUCAAGGGGCUCAUCGAGUACGACGACGGCGCGCGUGUAGCGGCUCGUGUAGAAGAAGGCGAUGAUAAGGAAGAAGAAAAUGACAAGGUGUGGCACGGGAGCACGGGCGAGGGCGGCUACGAGGUGUUCUUCGUGCGAGUGCCCUACGUGAGCGCCGAGGAGCUCAACCAGCUCUUCGCCGGGUCGGACCGCCGCUGUCGCUUCCAGUGGGAGUGGCUCGACAGCCUCAUGGAGGACCACCCUAAUCUGACGCUGCCCCUCCACCCCCGACUCGAGGCCAUCCACGACCUGCCCGCCAUCUGGUCCGCCAUCGCCGACAAAUACCAGCUCGAUUGA